AUGUCAGCAGGCGUGUCAGAUCAGCGGAUGAAAGGGCAAGGGAAUCAAGUAUCAAAUGCACCUAAAGAGCAUCAGUUAGAACGGGGAGGUGAAGAGUUGUCAGAGGUGUCAUGGCGUCAUCAGCAGCAAGCAUCAUAUGCACCACCCAUCUCGUCAGCAACAGAUCCGUACAGCGCAGCAGGUUAUUACGGUACAACAGCACUUCCUUAUCAAGCCUUCGGAGUUGGGGAUGGAACAUGGUCUACCAAUGGCACAGACCCAAUGACUUUUCUAGGAGGAUACAAUCCUCACGAUUCAUAUGGAGUGGACGGUGUGUUCGGACCGUCGACAACCCCAUUUUCCACCGCCGCAUUUGGUCAACCGGCAUCAACAUUCAACUAUUUCCCAGGAAACGGUGAUUAUUCCACUUGGGGCCAGCUGGGUCGAGCUAAACAGUAUGACGAUUACUACAGAGCUGACGGGCUGUACGUGCCAGACGGUAUCAAAGCAGUGGAGACCGGCGUUCAGGCGCUGUCCCUCGGGGAGCACAAGCAUGACAAAGAUCGCGCCGAGCUCAAGGAUAUAUCGGGCGGAUCGCAACCCAAAAAGAUGACAUGGGCGUCCAUCGCCAGCCAACCGGCCAAGCCGGCGCCGUUGUCCCAGACUGGCGGUUUGAAGAAAAAAGGGCCGGGCAUGCCCCCACCGCCGAUAGUGCCCGGGAAGCACAAUAUGGACAUUAGCACUUGGGAUGCAGGGAAGAGCGCUCCUGUAGCCCGGUUCCGCCGCCGGCCCCCAUGCGAUGCCCUCCUCAGCAUCAGCCUCCCCCCGGCGUGGACCCACGCCCCUCGCGCCCCCAUUCCUGCUCAGCCCCGGCCUCCGCUUCCCACUCCCCCUCCGCCGUCCCUGCCCCCUCAAGUCUCCGCUCCGACCGUGCCCCACCCGGUACUCGACGAACUCCGCGUUAAAAAUGAUUACAACCCUAAAGACUUCGAUCUCACCGCCCCUCUAACCCGAUUCUUCGUCAUCAAAUCGUACUCCGAGGAUGACAUCCACCGCAGCAUCAAAUACGAGAUCUGGUGCAGCACGGAACACGGCAACAAGCGUCUCGACUCGGCUUUCCGCGAUCGCGAACGGGAGGGCGGCUGUGUGUAUCUCUUUUUCUCGGUGAACGGCAGUGGACACUUUUGCGGGAUGGCCCGUAUGGUCAGUGCGGUAGACUACAACUCAAACUCUAGCGUGUGGUCUCAGGACAAGUGGAAAGGACAGUUUCGUGUUAGGUGGAUUUACGUUAAGGACGUUCCGAACGGGCAGCUGCGUCAUAUCAAACUGGAGAACAACGAGAACAAGCCGGUGACCAACUCUCGCGAUACCCAGGAGGUGCCCCACGCGAAGGGUCUGCAAGUGUUGCGUAUAAUGCAUAGUUACUCCCACUCUACGUCGAUUUUCGACGACUUCAUCCAUUAUGAGCGUCGUCAAGAGGAGGAGGACUCGCGUAAGGUGCCACAUCCGGCUCCGGUUCAGGAGAACCAUCGCGAGGAGCACGACGGCCGUGGAUAUCGCAAUUACCGUGAUUACCGUGACAGGGAUGGCCGUGACGGUCGCGAUCAUAGGGAUGCUCGUGACGGUCGCGAUGCCCGUGACGCCCGUGACGGUCGUGAUCAUCGUGAUCAUCGUGAUCGCGACCCCAGGGACAACCGCGAUGUGAGGGAUGUAAACCGUGACUAUAAAGACGAUAGGGACGGCCGUGACAAUAGGGAUCAUGGCUAUCGUGACCGGGACAAUUACCGGCCUCAUAAGGAUCGCGAUGGUUCUCGUGGGCGUGGAAGACCUCGUAACUAG